CUCACACAGAUCGGUUUAUUAAUGUCCUAUGUCUUUAAGUGUGAGAGUGAAACCUGAUGCCGGCGGCUCUCGGCGCUUUGCCCUGUUGUAACCUCCUCCAUCUCUGCGCUUGAGGUUCGCAGCAUCUUGCUGUAGCAUGUCUCGCUUCUUCUACGUUUACCGGACCAACUUUUACCACUCAUGGCGUUAAGAACGGAGAUGAUCCAGCACACAUGAAGCUGUUAUGAAGCACAAGCAGCAGUGUUCCGGGGCGGUGUGGAGGAGAACCGGUGCAGCUGAGUGACUGGGCGAGCACAAACAGACACGCACACGCGCACACGCACACACGCCGCGAGUGGACGAUUUUUUUUUUUUUUUUUGGUUGCCAGCCCGUGAUGCGUUUAACCGCCGCGCUCAAAUAGCUGACAAUUCCAGCAGCGACGGACCUGAACACGCCAGCUGACAUGGUCGAUGUUUGACAACAGGUGGCCAUGGAUGCCUUUAGCCAGCUGAUCUUGCUCAUUGCAGCAGUCAGUUUUUGCACCUUCCAGUGGCUCUUCCACAGCUUGAGUCCCUGGUUGUCAUGCAGGAUCAGCCCAGGCUUCUGGAAACUCAGCCACAAGCAGCAAGUUGAGUGGAACUCAAGGACAGUGUCCACAUUCCAUGCCAUACUGGUCGGGCUCUUUUGCCUCUACAUCCUUUUCUUUGAUGAAGCCAUCAAUCAGGACCCUGUGUGGGGAGAUCCAACAAUGGUGAAGAUAAACGUGGGAAUAACAACAGGCUACCUCAUAUCUGAUCUGCUGCUCAUAUUUUACUAUUGGAAGGCGAUAGGGGACAAGUUUUUUGUAGUUCACCACCUGGCUGCAUUGUAUGCUUACUACUUUGUACUGGGUCAAGGAAUGUUGCCUUAUUUUGCUAACUUCCGUCUGCUAGCAGAGUUUUCCACCCCAUGUGUGAACCAGCGCUGGUUUUUUGAAGUGUUAGGUUACCCUAAAUCCUCCAGACUCAACAUUGUCAAUGGUAUGCUCAUGGCAGCUGUGUUUUUCAUGGUGCGCAUCGCGGUCAUGCCCGUUUACUACAGCCGUAUGUACACUGUAUACGGCACGGAGGCCUUCUACAGGGUGUCAUUCGGUGGCCGCAGUGCCUGGAUCUUUUCCAGCAUCUGCUUGGACAUCAUGAACGUCAUGUGGAUGCAUAAGAUUGUUCGCGGCUGCUAUAAGGUUCUACGCUCUGGCCGGCACGUCAAAUCCCAGACUCAACAAAAUGGAAAAAUUAACUAAGCCUGGAAGAAACUUCACUGAGGGGAUUUGAAGAUCCUUAAAAAAGAUCUUUAGAGCACUCUGUUGUUUUAUGAGUGACAGACUGUGAGUCAGCCAGCAGCAGCUGUGUAGUUAGAUGGAUUCACUUACUUUUGAAGCUGGGAGAAACCACCCCAAAGCAAUACAGUACAUGAUCAAAGUUUUCAGUGAUUCUUGUGCCGCAAGCAGACUAUUUGCGUCAGAUUAAAAUGUAGAGGACAUUCCACCUACUUUAGUGGUUUGGGCCCAACAUUUGAUAAAUAGUCUGCUCAGAGAGCACUGGAAAUUUUAUUUAGAUUAUAUUUAAGCUGAUUAUAUUUUUAUCACCUGAAAGUGAGGCUUUAAUUUUAAAAUUUAAACCGAACAAAGUCUUACUUGGACUAAAUGUGCCACAUCCAUCUAAUUUAUUCAUCGGUCACUGCCAUAAAUAAACUUGAACAGCCACCAUGAACAGGACGACAUCUUCAUGCCAAGGAUGCUGGGACGGCUUAACUGUGAAUGUGCACGGACAUUUUACAGUUCGAUUUUUUUUUUCUGAUGUUGUAAUCAAGAAGAGAAGUGCACUUUUUUUGUGUGAUGGGGACACACUUCUGUCUUUGCUUUUUGAAAAAUGAAAAUGAUGCUGGAACGGACAUUUUCACCUAGAUUUGGUUUUGGAGCUGAUGAACAUAAUUGGACUGUUUCUUGGACUGAGCUGUUAUUACUGCAAGCCAGUUUCGAUUUUUUUACUUUGGAUUUGGGAAUGGUUUACACGUGCACACGCACUCACACUUGAAAUUCUCCACAACUCUGCAUUGUGUGUGCAGGGAAUAAGUGCAUGUGGCUCUCUGAAUGUUUUGCAUUGUUAAAAGGAAUAUUAAUUGACAUGCACAAAGACUUAUUUUAGUUUAAUGUACAGUGACCGUAGAGUACAAACAGUCCAAUAUUUUGUAAAAGGCUUUGGUCAUGGACAUUACCUUAUGGAUGAUGUUUCUUAAUGUGCUGUCACUGAAGAUUUGUUUCUGCAUCAUGCCUAAUUUAUUUGAGCCAGAACUAGAUCAGCAUGUACAUGUCUAUUUAUUCUUUUAAAUUAAAUGUAUUAUGUAAUGGAGAACAAAUGUGAGAUGUAUCUCAUUAGAAAUAUAUAGAAUACCAGUUCACAUUCAACACAUUCAAAUUAGCUUGAGAUGUACCAUGUCGCAUUGUGUGAAAUUUUAGUGUAGAAUAUACACACACACUCUUGGAUCUGAAAAAUCUCAACAUUAUAUAACUGGAUGACACAGGUUUUUUUAUAUUCAAAACUCAAAGUAUUUAUGUAUGUAUGUAUGAUGACGUGAUACAGAAGAAUUAUUUGCUCUUUAAAUUUGAAAGAUCUAUUUUUAAUAAAUAAAUUACUUGAAUCCUUGUGCUACAUUAUGGUGAAUAAUAGUACAGAUUCUUUUCACAGUUAAGCCAGUCAUAAUCAUUUGCAUUAUUUGUCCUAAAUGCCCUUUAAGAGAUAUUAACUUCCCAUUUUUAACAUCCUCUGUUGUCAUUAUGCAUUUUUAAUAAGACUGAGCUUUCAUGUCUAGUUUUUCUUUUUUUUUUUUUUUUUGUCAUAUUCUUCAUGCCUUAGGUCUAGUGUAUGAAAUGAAAGUUUGCUUUUUGGUUUUAUUAUGGAUUCAGGUACACCAGCAUUAAGAUAUGUCUUAAUAUAGUCUGAACAUGUUGCCCAAAUGCCAAAUUUCAGAUUCCGUCUGACCUUUUCAUGGUACUUAAAAAAAACUUUUCAUACUGGAUGUAAAUACAUUUCAUUUAUGUAAUACAUGACUGUAAUCCAUAAAUGCAUAUCUGUAAACCUUCCGUGUGAGAGCGAAACCUUACAGCGAUGGCUGUAAACUCAGUGAACGGCUUGUGUAAUUGCCGUUUUGCCUCACGCUGGGAACUUUAAUUUGAAUUUCGAGUAGUUAGAGCGUAGUGUAAACUUAUUUGGCUCCUAUGUUCAAUUUAAGUAACUUACAUUAAAACAAACCACCUUAUGUUUGUAUAUACUGCUCUUUGCCUUUGCAUCAAACACAGAACAAGCAGCCUCACUGCGUUUUAAUCUGUCUGGAUGAAUGUGUGAUUUUGAGUUGUAUGAAGCAGGACCAAGACGUCUAAUUGAUUUUCUGUUUUUUUUCUUUUUUAUAUAUUUGUAUCAUUUCUCUGACCCAAAAAUCACAUUUGCUCAAUAAAGCAAUACCUUCAUUUGGA